AAAAAUAUACCGCCCAGAGCAGCUGUAACCUGCAGGUACACCAGCAGAAGGCACACACUGAAUAAUAGAUCACGCACCGGCACCACCUCCGGCCAGAGCGCCAAGGCGCGAAGCGAUGGAGUCAGGCGAGCCACUCCCGCGUCGCGACGGCCGCCGCGGCGGCUGGCGCGCCGCGCUCUUCAUCGUCGCCGUCGGCUUCUUGGAGCGCAUCGGGUUCACCGGCGUGGGGGGCAACCUGAUCACGUACCUGACCGGCCCGCUGGGCAUGUCCACCGCGGCCGCGGCCGCCGGCGUUAACGCGUGGUCCGGGACCGUGCUGGUGCUGCCGCUCGUCGGCGCGCUCGCCGCCGACUCGCGCCUCGGGCGCUACCGCGCCGUCCUGAUCGCCGGCGUGCUCUACCUGCUGAGCUUGGGAAUGCUGACGGUCUCAUCCAUGCUGCAAACGCCGCAACCGCAUCCUGCCGGCUGCCACAGCACAGCCAGCACCUGCUCGCCGCCGAUCUCGGCAUCAUCGCCUGCCCGGCUCGCCUUCUUCUACACCGCGAUCUACCUGCUAGCGCUGGCGCAGGGCUUCCAUAUGCCAUGUUCGGAGGCUCUGGGCGCGGACCAGUUUGAUCCCAGCGUGGGCGCGUCCCGGAGCUCCUACUUCAACUGGUUUCACUUCUCCAUAUCGUGGGGCUACGCCAUCGCGGCGAUCGUGAUCACCUACAUCGAGGAGAAUGUCGGCUGGACGGAGGGGUUCGCCGUGUGCUGGGCCACCAUGGUGGUGUACCUCGUCGUCUUCUUGCUCGGCACGAGGACUUACCGUGUAGAGCAGCCCGUGAACAGCAGUUCCUUGGCGCAGCUCACCAAGAAGCUCACAUUUUUCCGAACUGACGAUGCCACCACUGACACACAACGGCUUUUGGCGACGGGUGAGAACAUGGACGACAACAGGUUCCUCGUUAAGCUGCUUCCUAUCUGGUUGUCAAGCAUAGUCAUCGCCGCAGCCACCUCGCAGGUCUCCACCCUGUUCACCAAGCAGGGCAGCACGAUGGACCGGCGGCUGGGCGCGGCCACGGGCAUCGUCGUGCCGCCCGCGGCGCUGCAGAGCUUCGUGAGCUUCACCUACAUCGCGCUGGUCCCCGUCUACGACCGCGCCCUCGUGCCCUUCGCGAGGCGCCUCACCAGGCACCCCGCGGGAGUCACCAUGCUCCAGCGCAUCGGCGCCGGGAUGGUCAUGUCCUGCGUCACCAUGGUCGUCGCGGCGCUCGUGGAGGCCAAGCGCCUCCGCGUGGCCACGGACGCUGGCCUGCUCGACCGGCCCGACGUGGCGGUGCCGAUGAGCCUGUGGUGGCUGGUGCCGCAGUACGUCCUGGUCGGCUUCGCGGAGGUGUUCUGCUUCAUCGGGCUGGAGGAGUUCUUCUACGACCAGGUGCCCGACGGGCUCCGCAGCGUGGGGCUGGCCCUGUGCCUCAGCAUCUUCGGCGUGGGGAGCUACGCCAGCGGCAUGCUCGUGUGGGCGGUCGACUGGGCCACGACGAGGGGCGGGGGAGACAGCUGGUUCGCCGACAACCUCAACCGCGCGCACCUUGAUUACUUCUACUGGAUCUUGGCUGGGCUCAGCGCCUUGGAGGUGGUCGUGUUCUUGUAUUUUGCAAACCGGUAUGUGUACCGGAAGAAAUCUGAGCAGCCAGUCGUCCUCCAUUAGGGCAUCAACAACUGGAAGCACAACGGUGUCCAGUGGUAUAGAAAGCUGCACUCUGCAGUGCGCUACAAACACCUUCCUACAGUGCAUUGUCGAUAUAUAUAGAUGCAUACUGCCGGUUAUGAAGAAACUCAUAAUGUAUGAUGAUCAACAGUUAAUCUUAUCUUUGUGCUGUACGUUC